ACUCCUACUUGUCAAAGGGAAACACAAUUUGUCCCUUCGCGGAUUCCGUAUUGUUGGGGCGCUUGUACAUUGUGAGCAUGCUGUGAGUGGUGUGUUAUUGAAAAUGGAUAAACAGAGUACACACGACAUGUAUGUCCUUCGUGGAGUGACAGUAUAGACUGACAGGCUGUAUGUUAGAAGUCUCUCUGACAACUGAAGUCUGUUGAACGACACAAUGUUGGCGACGUUGACCAGAGUUAAAAGCGCUCGGUGGCUUUCUCCGGACAUACUUUUAGGACACAUGUUAAGACAAGAGGUCAGAGGAAGAAACGAGUUGAGCCCGCUCGGGCUCGGUUCUUGUCUCCAGGUGUGGAGGCGGAAAGUCGCCGGAGGUGUCCGAGAUGUCAGCACCUCCUGCACGCUGUGCGCCAAAGGCCGAGGAAACCCGAACAAGACCGAGAAGCUGUCGGAGAAGAAGCUAACCCGUCACUUUGUGGACCAUCGCCGCGUGAAGCUGGUGGCUGGCUCAGGCGGUAAAGGGGUCUGCAGCUUUCACAGUGAACCCCGAAAAGAGUGGGGUGGACCGGACGGAGGGAAUGGAGGUGAUGGAGGAAGCAUCAUUAUCAAGGCCGAUCGGUUCGUCAAAUCAUUGGCGCAGAUAGUUCCAAUUUACAGGGCAGAACAUGGGCAGUCAGGAGGCAACAAGAACUGUUACGGCAGGAAUGGCAGCUCAACCUACAUUUCUGUACCAUUAGGCACUGUGGUGAAGGAACAGGGACAGAUAGUAGUAGACCUCUCUGAGCAUGGCCAGGAGUAUUUGGCUGUAUAUGGAGGCGUCGGUGGGAAGGGGAAUCGAUUCUUCCUGUCCAAUGAGAACCGUGCCCCAAUGACAGCAACUCCAGGAAUGGAGGGCCAGGAGAGGGUCCUUCAGCUGGAGCUCCGCACCAUGGCCCAUGCUGGACUGGUGGGGUUUCCUAAUGCUGGAAAAUCAUCAUUGCUGAGAGCCAUCUCCAAUGCCAGGCCUGCUGUGGCCGCUUACCCUUUUACAACACUCAACCCACAUGUAGGAAUUGUCAAGUACAGGGAUCACGAACAAGUUGCAGUUGCUGACAUCCCAGGCAUCAUUCGAGGAGCUCACCUAAAUCGAGGCUUGGGCAUCUCUUUUCUCCGCCACAUAGAGCGCUGUCGUUUCCUCCUCUUUGUUCUCGACCUGUCUGCUCCGGAGCCCUGGAUCCAGCUCGAGCACUUGCGUUAUGAACUGGACCAGUAUGAGCGUGGUCUGUCCCAGCGGCCUCAGGCCAUCAUAGCCAACAAAAUGGACCUACCUGAGGCCCAGGAGAAGCUAGAGACUCUAAAGAGCCUUGUCACCCAGCGGGUCAUCCCCGUGUCGGCUCUCACAGGACAGAACACAGAGGAACUAAUCCUUCACCUCAGACAGCUGUAUGACGGCUACCUUCAAGGAGAAAGCAGUGAGGAGGGCAAGGCCACUAAGUGGUAGUAAAAAUAUUUCCCCCUGCUCUACGAAUAUGUCUGAUAUGUAUUUAUACUGGAAGAUUUAGAAAGUAUUUACAUUUCUUAAUAAAUAUAUAAACCAAACAAAAUCCAGUGCUAUCUUAUUAAUGACUUUUAGAAUAUUGCUGAAAUAGAUUUUGGAUUUCUUGAAAUGUUUAAUACAGCUUAUAAACAGCUUCAUGCCACACAACAUGCAGAUUUUCACAAAGAUGGCAUUACAUGUUAAGAGUACACUACAUUUUAAAAUGUUAGGAUCAACAGAUGCCUGUUUAGGGUCAACGUGUUAAGACAAUCAUGUAAACCGAGUUAAAUGUAUUUCUAUACAGGAUACCAAAGAUGAUUUUGAGAAAGUCUGGACACAAAAUAAUAAUAAAAAAAGAUACAGCAUACAA